AUGGAUUCCGUGUUCAGGAGAGUUCGGAUCAGGAACGUUCUGCUCCGGCAGUGCCUGGCGGAGUGUUUGGGAGUCUACAUCCUGAUCGUGUUUGGCUGUGGGGCCGUUGCCCAGGUGACCACCUCUGAGAACAGCAAGGGCCAGUACCUGUCCAUCAACCUGGGCUUCGCCCUGGGGGCCACCUUCGGGGUCUACGUCUCGCAGGGCGUGUCAGGAGCUCAUCUGAACCCCGCUGUCACCCUCAGCCUCUGCAUCCUGGGAAGGCACCCCUGGAGGAGCCUGCCCUUCUACGUCUUCUUCCAGGUGUUUGGGGCCUUCCUCGCGGCCGCCACCGUCGCCUUGCAGUACUACGACGCCAUCAUGCACUUCAGCAGUGGGCAGCUCACUGUGACAGGACCAACAGCGACCGCUGGAAUUUUCGCCACUUACCCUGCAGAUUACCUGAACCUGUGGAGCGGCUUCGCAGACCAGGUCAUCGGCACGGCGAUGCUGCUGGUGUGCGUGCUGGCUGUGGGGGACCGCAGGAACACCCCCGUCCCGCCAGAGCUGGGGCCGCUCCUCGUGGGCCUGAUCGUCCUGGUGAUCGGCAUUUCCAUGGGCGCCAACUGCGGCUACGCCCUCAACCCGGCCCGGGACCUGGGCCCCCGCCUGUACAGCUACGUCGCGGGCUGGGGAGACCAGGUGUUCUGGGCGGGCGGAGGCUGGUGGUGGGUCCCUCUGGUUGCCCCCUGUGUAGGGGCGCUGGUGGGGUCUGCGGUGUACGUGUUCCUAAUCGAGGCGCACCACCCGGAUCUGUCCCUCGACGCGGAGCGGGCUGAUCAGUGCCACACCGUGGACAACAAGCUGGCCCUGGAGCUGGAGGGGGUAGAACUGGACCCAAAUACCCCCAAGGGCUGCCCCACCGAGGGGCAGGAAGCCAAGAAGGGGGAGCAGGGGUAGUGCAGACCACUUUGUAAAAAUCAUCACACAGAAUUAUGGCACGCAAAACAAGCCGCGGAAGUUCAAAUUAUUUGAGUGGUGGGUGUGGGUGUGGUCACCUCUAUGCAGUGGGCACCGAUUGUGACAUCACUUGAACCUUCCAUUGUUCUGUUCAGACUUUAUAGUUCCGGGUUCCAUUAUGGGUUCCGAAUAGAGCAAAAUGCACCAUCUGAUUUUAUUAAUCAGACUACAUGUUCUGCUUGGCCAAGGUGAGCUUAAGACUGAUUUAUAAUUGGUCACACUACCCUCGGGACAAGUGUCG